AUGGAGUACACGUCAUCCCCGAAGCCGCAGCUCUCAUCCCGGGCGAACGCGUUCUCCAUAGCCGCCCUGAUGUCCAGCGGGAAGCCCAGCAAGGACAAGGAGGCGGAGGAGAACACCAUCAAGCCCCUCGAGCAGUUCGUGGAGAAGUCCUCCUGCAACCAGCAGCCUCUGGCCGACCUGUCCUCUCUGGACGGACACGGGGACUUCAGCGGGAGCGCGCCCGCGGUGUGCACGGAGCCGCUCAUCCCCACCAAUCCCGGCAUCCCCAGCGAGGAGAUGGCCAAGAUCUCCUGCAGCCUGGAGACCAAGGAGCUGUGGGACAAAUUCCACGAGCUCGGCACUGAGAUGAUCAUCACCAAGUCUGGGAGGAGGAUGUUUCCGACCAUCCGGGUCUCCUUCUCCGGGGUGGACCAGGACUCCAAGUACAUCGUGCUGAUGGACAUCGUCCCGGUGGACAACAAGCGGUACCGGUACGCCUACCACCGCUCCUCCUGGCUGGUCGCCGGCAAGGCCGACCCCCCUCUGCCCGCCAGGUUGUACGUGCACCCGGACUCCCCGUUCACCGGCGAGCAGCUCAUGAAGCAAAUGGUUUCCUUCGAGAAAGUCAAGCUGACGAACAACGAGCUGGACCAGCACGGACAUAUCAUCCUGAACUCCAUGCACAAGUACCAGCCGCGGGUCCACAUCAUAAAGAAGAAGGACCACACCGCCUCGCUGCUCAACCUCAAGUCUGAGGAGUUCCGCACCUUCGUCUUCGUGGAGACCGUCUUCACCGCCGUCACAGCCUAUCAGAACCAGCUGAUAACCAAGCUGAAGAUUGACAGCAACCCGUUCGCCAAAGGUUUCCGGGACUCGUCGCGGCUCACGGACAUGGAGAGGGAAAGUGUUGAGAAUCUAAUCCACAAGCACUCGUACGCCCGGUCGCCGAUCCGGACCUACGCUGGGGACGAGGAGAACCUGAGCGAGGACGGACACUCCACACACACCAGAGGUUCAGCGUUCACCGCCUCAGACAACCUCUCCCUGAGCUCCUGGGUCACCACCACCUCGGGCUUCUCGGGCUUCCAGCACCCACAGUCCCUGACGGCCAUGGGCACCGGCACCGCCUCCCUGCCUCACCCCAUCCAGGGCUCCCUGCCCCCCUACAGCCGGCUGGGCAUGCCGCUGACGCCCACCGCUCUGGCUGGAACCAUGCAGGGCAGCGGUCCGUCCUUCCCGUCCUUCCACAUGCCCCGCUACCACCACUACUUCCAGCAGGGGCCCUACGCCGCCAUCCAGGGACUCCGCCACUCCUCCACGGUCAUGACCCCCUUCGUAUGACUCCGUCCUGGAGAGGAGACGGCCGAGCCUCGCCCUGACGCUCACACACCUUGUUUCUCCACUGCGGCUCAUCACUCCUCAUCCAGUUUGUAUCUUAGCCCCUGGUCUUUGUAAAUAGCUCACCUGCAGUGAGUGAGGUGACGACAUGAAGAGGAUGUGGUGUACUGACAGCAGGCGGACUGUGGCGCCCUCCUUGGGACCUGCGGAAACACCAGCAGAUCCUGUGGUUUCUACGAACACUUCCAAGACAUUGUACAAACGCUUACGACCUCAGUACAAACUAUAAAAGCUGAUACGAGACACUAGCAGGAGCAUGUUUGAUCUCGGCCCUUGAAGAACAGAAAGUGGAUCCUCGACUCAUUUUAGAAAUAAGUAGACGACUCUGUCUGUCUUUGAACUUCGCUGUGGCAGCAGGGUCUCCACCGAGGCGUUAGCGAUGGCAGGCUGCUGUGUAAUUCCUCAAAAUGACACUCCUCUGAUGCCACAGUCCGUCGGACAGCGAACAUUUCAGACGGGCGGAGCAGCCAUCUCAGCUUUCUGCUGUUUUGGAGAAAGCCAGCCAUAUGUACAGUUACAUCUCCACACUGUUGAACAUGUUGUCCAAAGCGUUAAAAAAAAAAAAAACAAAGUGUACAAAGACAAACGAGCUGCAUUUACUCAUAAGAAAAGUCUCACUGUAGAGUGCCAAAAAAAAAAAAAUCCUAGGACGCAUGCUGACCGCAUUAGACAAACACGAUGGGUAAACUUUAUGUGGAACAACAUGGUAUGAAUGAGCUCACCUGGAGGAAGGAGUUCUGCUUUAUUUAAAGGCCCGGGCACACGAGAUAGUCAAU